AAGGGAAGGCCCUCUGCGGCGUAAAGACAGGAAAAGGGAUGGGUCAGUUCUUCUCGGCCCUUCCAGGCCGUCAACUUCCCCAUUGAAAGUAAAAGAUUUGCAAAGACGAGAAGCUAAAUCCUUGCCUAGAGUGGGCAGAGACACAGAUCUAUCCAAGGAUGAAGAUGGACUUGGAUUCAAGGAGGCUUCUGGGAUGGAAAUUUGUCCUCGUUUCUCUCUUUCUGGCCGAUUUAUCUUCAGGAGCUGAACCUCCCCAAUAUUGUUACGGCAAUCCUGGGCUUCCUGGAGUGCCAGGCCCACCGGGCAAAGAUGGCCGGGAUGGCCAGAAAGGAUCCAAAGGAGAGCGAGGUGUCCCAGGCGUUUUUGGAAGCCAAGGUCCAAAGGGGGAGGCUGGACUUCCAGGUAUCCCUGGUCUGCCCGGGAAGAACGGGCCACGUGGCCCAACCGGACCUCCAGGAGACCCUGGUCUGGAGGGAGAGAAAGGCACGCCGGGCGAGCCGGGCGGCUACAAGCGCACCCAUCAAUCGGCCUUCACGGUAAUGCGCCAGACGGGCCAGCACCCUGCGAAGAACACCCCCGUGGUCUUCAACAAAGCUGUCACCAUCACCAACCAAGACUACGACGUCACCACGGGCAAGUUCACCUGCCGCGUCCCAGGCCUCUACUAUUUCGUCUACCACGCCUCCCAGACGGACAACCUCUGCGUCAACAUGUACCUGAACCGGGAGAAGGUGGCCAGCUUCUGCGACCACAUGACCAACCCCAAGCAAGUGAGCUCAGGAGGCCUCCUCCUCCAGAUGCAAGUGGGCCACCAAGUGUGGCUGGCGGUCAACGACUACAACGGCAUGGUGGGCAUCAGUGGGUCUGACAGCGUUUUCUCCGGGUUUUUGCUUUUCCCAGAUUAGGGCCCGAAUCUGAUUGGUUGUCCCCACAAUUGCUAACCCAUUUAAUCAGUGGCAUUUAGCAAUGUGUCAAGUGGCUUUACUCUCAUAGAUUUAAGUUCUUUAGAACUUCAGAACUCUCUUCUUCAGCUUCCUAUCCUCUAGUUCUAUUUCUAGAUCUGGACGUGUCAUCAACAAUAAAUCGGCGACCUAGAUGGGACUGUGUCUUCUCUCGAAUUGAUCACAUUGGCCAAUAGUGCUGUGCAAGGCUUCGGAAGUCUAUUUAGUAAUUUGGGGAUUUGUAUGAUUCGUUAGUACGGGAGCCCUCUGAAUCUUUACGAAAUUAAGCGAAAAUCUCCAAAAUGAAUUACUAAUCGGAUUUCCGCUGCUUCGUGCACCUCUAUUGGCCAACAUACAUUUUGUCUACGAAACUGGAGCUGAUGCGGUCUAUCCAAAGCAGUUUUCUGAAAAAACGAGCCAAAUAAUCCAGGAACGGGCCUAAAAACCAAGACACUCCCUCGCAACCCCUCCCGGGGUCCCGGCCCUCAGGUUGAGAAAUACUAACCUAUAUAUAUAUAUGAAUUACAGCCAAUAUUUCUCUACUCGUGUCCUCAGCUGUUCAGGGGACUAGAUGUUUAAUAAAUCUAUUAUUUGCUUCCUUU